GCAGGACGUUCGGAGGGUGCGGGACGCUGGGCUGUGAGAAUGGCUGGUGGCCGCGUCACCGUCACUCGUGAAGGUCCCGCAUCGCGUCUCAACGCGACCUCUCCACCAACCUCCCGUCCAGGCACUGCAUGCGAAGACUGAAUCAUGUUCAUGUGUUCUCGUGUUGGCAGAAUGCAUGAACUCACCCCUGGGGUACUUGCAGGGAUCGAGAGUGAUCGAGGAUUUGGGGGAAGAGGCUAGGACAUCAAACAGAAGUAAGCUGACAAUUGCGUAGUUGUGGGAGUGUGUGUUUGUUUAAGUGUUACUUUCCGGGCGAUAGUUGGGGCAGAACAUCUUGGGUUUGGAAGACAAUUUUCCUUUACUGUAUGUAGUAGGUGGGUCUUCGAUUUUUGGAUUUGCAUGCUGCAUGGUGCUUUUAAUUUUAAUUCGUUAUUCAACGGAAACUCUGGGUUUCGAUGCGCUUUGCUGGAGCUCGGGAUUUGAAUACAAAGGCCAAUGUACACCGAAACCCACUGGUACAGCGAAGCUUGUCAUGCAGACCAUCGGUAACCUUCCUGAUGGACUAUGAAACAUGCUCGUGCAAUGCAUGCUGAGACCUUUGUAUCCUAUGCAUCACCAGCCACAUGGCUCAGCUGUAUACACUGUCCAUGCUGCCUUAACCUUGUGUUUCGAGUGCCAUCCGAGCAUGACACAAAGCCUUCAUAUCAGAUAGAAGAGGGAUCAUGUUGCUUUCUGGGCGUGCAGGAUCAUGUGGAGUGUUCAUGUCACAUGUCACUGCGCCGCCUAGGCAGCCAGAGUCAGGAGAGCGUCUCGCCUGCAUCUACAGUGCAGGUGGCUGCGAGCCGCCCGAAGCCCUCAGUGAUGCCCUGGUCAGAAGCUCAGACCCCAACGGAAGGAGAGCACCAGGAUGCUGGGAACGUAGCAUCUGCAGCGAUGCCUUCAGCGUCUCCGCAACGCAGGGGCGGUUACGGUUUUGGCCUCGAAGCCAAGGAGCAGGUCCUCUUUCGCCGGUCGACCAGCGAGGACUCCUCCUCUAGUCGACCAGCGGACUCUCCCAGGUGGCAUGAGACGGACACCUACGCCGCGAUCCGCCAAUGGAUGCGGAAAGAGGGCGCCAAGGAACCUUUAGAGCAGAGCGUCAGCUUCAAGCUGGAGGGGGGCAGUCGAGCUGGCAGCAAGGAGUCCAGCAGUCCAGUGGCGGAUUUCUCCAAGUGGGAGGACACCAACACCUAUGCCGCGAUCCGUCAAUGGGUCCGCACUGGCACCGUCAAGGCAGAGAACGGCCAGCAGUUGGACCUCACCUUGGCCCAGGAUCUUGACCAGAGCCGCAAAGCAGAGGAUGGGCGUGUGGUCCCUCAGCCCAAGCGGAAGAACUCCAAGCCAGGUGACUUCGAUCCUGAUCUUCGUCCGAAGGUUGCUGACGCUUCCGAGGACGGCAUGGGUGCGUUGCAUGACGACGUGGAUCUGAUGCAACAACGCCUUCGAAGGCGCUUGGCCGCCUUGGUGGAGGCCGGAUAGGUGCUUGUUGUUUCACUUGCCAACGCACAACAUGAGCCUCGUUAGUCGCAUCAGGUCACAGCCAACAACCAGGAUGAUGGCAAGUGGUGGAG